CCAUUGUAGGGCAACUCCAGUCCACGCUACAGUAGUCCAUACCAUACAGCUAAAGGCCGUAUGGACAAGCAUAAAUUAAUUGCUGGCGUAGACGUCUACCCUAAUCCACUUUUUUCUCCAUCAAUUUUGACGCUGGGGAUUCGGGAAAUCGCGUUCCGUGUUCGAGCAGAAGAGGAUUCCCGAAUUGGAUAGGAAUUGGCGUUGGAGCGAAGCAUUUGCCCUUCGACACUGUGUUGUUGAACAUUAACCUAACUCAGGAGUUCUGAUAACCGUCUCUUCUCCAAGUGAAGGAAAAGGGGAAGGGGACAAUAGUUUGGAUUGAGAUCAUUCAGUAUUCCUCCAAUCAUCCGAAAAAAGUUCGGAGAAGAUAGCGGUGUCUCUUUGAUAAACCAUCUGAUUCUGCCAUGUUCGAUUCUCAAAACCUCUGCACAUCCCAAGGGGUUGCUUAAAAUGUUAUUCAUCGAUCAAGACAUUGGCAUCGAGAACAUGGGCUAUACUUUUAGUAAAUUGGAGGUCGACUCUGGGCUUCUUGACGGUUCGAGUUCAAGUUCAAACAAUGGAGUCGACAGUAGUCCUCCGCACAAAAAGCAGUUGAAUGUGCUAGACAACGAUAUAGUGCAGCUGACAAAGCUUCGAUCAGAACCCCACGAUCAUUUCAACCUUUCCUGGCAAGGGAAGCUGCGAGAGUAUCCAAUUUCGACCGUUAAAAUGUUGGCUGGACGAGAAGCGAAUGUCUCAGGAAGAGGAAGGUUUUCGUCGCGGGAUUUUUGCCAUGUCGUGAGUAAAUACUUGCCGGUUAAUGGCCCGUGGGUUGUCGACCAGAUGUCGACCAGGGCGUAUGUAUCACAGUUUUCUUCGGAUGGAUCGCGUUUCGUCGCUGCAUUUCAGGGAAGUCAAAUCCGAGUGUACGAUGUCGACAGAGGAUGGAAAGUUCAGAAGAACAUUCUUGCUCAAAGCUUGAGAUGGACUAUUACUGAUACGUCCCUGUCGCCUGAUCAAAGAUAUCUUGUGUAUGCCAGCAUGUCCCCGAUCGUGCACAUCGUCAAUGUCGACUCCGCGACAAGAGACUCUCAUGCAAACAUCACGGAAAUUCAUGACGGUUUGGAUUUCUCGUCUCCCGACGGCGGGGGGUAUUCUUUCGGAAUUUUCUCUCUGAAAUUCUCGACCGACGGGCGAGAACUUGUUGCGGGAAGUAGCGACGAGGAUUUAUAUGUUUACGACCUCGAAGCAAACAAACUCUCCCUCCAAAUCCCCGCACAUACGUCGGACGUAAACACCGUAUGCUUCGCUGAUGAAAGUGGUAAUCUUAUAUAUUCGGGAAGCGACGACAAUUUCUGUAAGGUUUGGGAUCGGCGUUGCUUACGAGCUAAAGGAAAGCCGGCGGGAGUUCUGAUGGGGCAUCUCGAAGGCAUAACGUUUAUCGACAGCCGUAAAGACGGGCGUUAUCUAAUAUCCAACGGUAAAGAUCAAGCGAUCAAGCUGUGGGAUAUUCGAAAAAUGUCCUCUCUUGCGAACUGCUAUCCGGGAAGAAAUUACGAAUGGGAUUACCGAUGGAUGGAUUAUCCGCAGCAAGCUCGGGACUUGAAGCACCCGUACGACCAAUCGGUAGCGACUUAUAAAGGCCAUUCCGUCCUCCGAACGCUCAUCCGUUGCUACUUCUCGCCGGAAUACAGCACGGGACAGAAGUAUAUCUACACGGGGUCGCACGAUUCGUGCGUUUACGUUUACGAUUUGGUGAGCAGGGCGCAGGUUGCGAAGCUGCAGCACCAUAAAUCGACGGUGCGGGAUUGCAGCUGGCAUCCGACGUAUCCGAUGCUGGUGAGCUCAUCGUGGGACGGCGAUGUCGUGAAAUGGGAAUUUCCGGGGAACGGGGAGUCGCCCGUGCCGGCUAAUAAGAAGAAGCUUCGAAGGAGACACUUUUAUUAAGGGUUCGAUGUAUCGACGCCGCAUCGAUGUUUCCGACUGCCGUCAAAUUUGAAUAAGUGAGUCGCCGGCGCCGGAGACGGUUUGUCGUGUGUUAAUUAUUUUGUUUGUUGUGUACAUAUGGUAAGAUGAAAGGAAGUACAAGUGUCUGGACAUGGAGUUUUUAAAAUAACGAAUAAAAAAUAUGCUUUUUUUUUUUUUUAAUG